AUGUUGACUACCAACCAAAACGAACGAAUCGACAAUUACAGCCCGACAGAUAAUCCGCGGCCAGCCAGAAAGAUAUCCACCGAAUGCCACAACGUCGGAGCUGUCGAUCAACGUAUCCCGCGCUACGAUUGGGCCAAACCAGUCGCCGCGGCACGCGGAAGAAGAGGCAGCAUCGAGGAAUGGGUCGAACUGUUCGAGCUGUGGUGCAGCAUUCGCAAAGGUGGUACACAGAAUCAGUCAGCCCUAUUUCUUACCGCUGGCGGCCGUGACCUCUACUCCCUGUUGAGAAACCUGACAUUCCCUGAGGCUCCAGCCAAACUACCAUGGGAGUCCCUGAAAUUGCUGCUGCUCAACCACCUGCUGCCCACUGAAUUCCAAGCAAAUGAAAGGGCCAAAUUCAACUCCAUGAUUCGUGCCGAUCAUGUUCCCUACCGUGAAUUCAUCUUGCAGCUGAACAAACAGGCAUCACACUGCAACUAUGGUGAUCGCCUGGAAGAACGAAUGUGUGACCGCUUGGUGGCAGGCAUCAAUAAUCUGACUCUUCAACGACUCGCCUUCUCGCUACAAUAUGAGCGGAAUACCGUGCUUAGUAAAAAAAACACAAGCAGUUAA